UUAAAAUACAAAAAUAUGGAGCCAUAAUCGUUGAUAGAUAACUUAAAUGAAGUUCUUCUUGGAGAUUAUUUUACAUAUAUAGAUACAUUAGGCAAGGGUAGUUUUGGGAUAGUAGUUUCUGCUUAUAGUUCAUCAUUAGAUAAAGUAGUAGCCAUUAAAGUAUACUUAUAAUUUAAUUAGAUUACUUAAUACUUUGAAUAAGAAAAUGAGUCAUCCUUAUUACAAGAGUGCUCUCAUCCAAAUAUUGUUAAAUUAUAUAAAGUAGACUAACUAUAUAUUUUAUUUAUUUUAGGUCUUAAUAGCUAAUAAUAGAGUCUAUUUGAUUAUGGAAAAGUUGGUAGGUACUACAUUAGAUGUUCUAAUGAAAAGUACUGUAUUAACUGAAGCCUUAACUAGAAAUAUAAUGUUAUAAAUCUUGAAUGCUCUUGUCUUUCUUCAUAGAAAAGGUAUAAUUCAUAGAGAUCUUAAGCCAGGUAUAUCUAUAUCUAAUAAUCAAUUAGAAAAUAUAUUUAUAUGUGAAAAUAAUUAUGUUAAAUUGAUUGAUCUGGGUUUAGGAUAUUAAAUGUUUUCAAGAGCUUUUAUUGGUUAAUAAGUUGGUACUCCUUAUUAUAUUGCUCCAGAAGUUAUUAAUUAAUAAGAGUAAUCAUAAGUAUUUAUUUUAAUCUAAAUUAGUUAGUUGAUAUCUUUUCUUUGGGAAUUAUAUUUUAUCAAUUAAUCAACAAUUCCUAACAUCCGUUAUGGCAGAAGGGAUAAACUAAAAAAGAUUAUUAUAAAACUAUAUCAUCUGAGUUUUAUAUAUAAUAUCCUCCAUAAAUGUCAGAGUAUAUAAACUAACUAUUAAAUUAUUUAGAAUGGCUAAAGAUUUUGUAUAAAAUACUGUGACAUUCCAAUCUAUCAAUAGGAUGUCUGCUUUAUAGUGUUUAGAACAUCCUUGGAUCUUAGGAGAAUAAACAAAAUCUCAUCCUAUAACUAAUAGAGAAAUUAAAUUAAGAUAUUCAUUUACUGAAUAUUUCAAUAAUGUAAAAGGAAUUUUUAAUAUUUAGAUUGUUAAAGCUUUAUGGAUACUCAAAAUUUUUAAAGAGUAGUGUUCUGAAGAAAUCUAUUAUAUGAAAACUUAAGAAUCUGAUGAAAUAAAUGAAUUAAUUGAUGAAAAUGAAGAAUAAUAACCAUUAUCAACUAGAGUUCAUACAGAAUAAUUGAUUCCAAGUGGCAGAUAAUAUCGUCUACAUCGACACACUACUAAAAUAGAAAGAAAACCUUCUAUUAAAUUAAUUAAAACAUCAUCACAUCAGGACUUAUCCUAACUUAAAAAUAAACUUUAAACAUCUAAAAAAUUUUUUAGUAUUAAUUUUAAUAUAUAAGAUCAUAUAAAUCUAGCUCAGAGAUUUAAGGACAAUUUUACAAUUCCAAAAGUUAAUAGUUCAAAGAAGAUUUCAUCUCCUAACUUAUUGCCUAUAAUAUCUCCAGGUAAACAGAAAACAUCAAGUUUCAAUUUUAAUUUUAGAUAAUAGUGA